AGUCGAGCCUGGGGCGGGCGCCGCAGACGCUGGUGCGGGUGCGGAGUGCCCGGUGCGUGUUGGGCGUCCCCGGCGCCUCUCCCGACGGCACCCCCGAAGGCCUGGCCCCGGUACCCUCCGCGGAGCCCGGGGGUGGGGGGCGCGUGCCCGGCGCCGCAAUGGGCCCGGGACCCCCAGCGGCCGGAGCGGCGCCGUCCCGGCGGCCGCUGUCCCUGGUGGCGCGGCUGAGCUACGCCGUGGGCCACUUCCUCAACGACCUGUGCGCGUCCAUGUGGUUCACCUACCUGCUGCUCUACCUGCACUCGGUGCGCGCCUACAGCUCCCGCGGCGCGGGGCUGCUGCUUCUGCUGGGCCAGGUGGCCGACGGGCUGUGCACACCCCUCGUGGGCUACGAGGCCGACCGCGCCGCCGGCUGCUGCCCCCGCUACGGCCCGCGCAAGGCCUGGCACCUGGUCGGCACCGUCUGCGUCCUGCUGUCCUUCCCCUUCAUCUUCAGCCCCUGCCUGGGCUGCGGGGCGGCCACGCCCGAGUGGGCUGCCCUCCUCUACUAUGGCCCGUUCAUCGUGAUCUUCCAGUUCGGCUGGGCCUCCACACAGAUCUCCCACCUCAGCCUCAUCCCGGAGCUCGUCACCAACGACCAUGAGAAGGUGGAGCUCACAGCACUCAGGUACGCGUUCACCGUGGUGGCCAACAUCACCGUCUACGGCGCCGCCUGGCUCCUGCUGCACCUGCAGGGCUCGUCACGGGUGGAGCCCACCCAGGACAUCGACAUCGGCGACCAGCUGGGGGGCCAGGACGUGCCUAUGUUCCGGAACCUGUCCCUGCUGGUGGUGGGUGUCGGCGCCGUGUUCUCACUGCUGUUCCACCUGGGCACCCGGGAGAGGCGCCGGCCGCACGUGGAGGAGCCGGGCGAGCACACCCCCCUGUUGGCCCCCACCGUCGCCCAGCCCCUGCUGCUCUGGAAGCACUGGCUCCGGGAGCCAGCUUUCUACCAGGUGGGCGUGCUGUACAUGACCACCAGGCUCAUUGUGAACCUGUCCCAGACCUACAUGGCCAUGUACCUCACCUACUCCCUCCACCUGCCCAAGAAGUUCAUCGCGACCAUUCCCCUGGUGAUGUACCUCAGCGGCUUCUUCUCCUCCUUCCUCAUGAAGCCCAUCAACAAGAGAAUUGGGCGGAACAUGACCUACUUCUUGGGCCUCCUGGUGAUCCUGGCCUUUGCUGCCUGGGUGGCGCUGGCGGAGGGGCUGGGCGUGGCCGUAUACGCAGCGGCUGUGCUGCUGGGUGCUGGCUGUGCCACCAUCCUCGUCACCUCGCUGGCCAUGACGGCUGACCUCAUCGGUCCCCACACGAACAGCGGAGCGUUCGUGUACGGCUCCAUGAGCUUCUCGGAUAAGGUGGCCAACGGGCUGGCAGUCAUGGCCAUCCAGAGCCUGCACCCUUGCCCCUCGGAGCUCUGCUGCAGGGCCUGCGUGAGCUUCUACCACUGGGCGAUGGUGGCCGUGACGGGCGGCGUGGGUGUGGCCGCUGCCCUGUGUCUCUGCAGCCUCCUGCUAUGGCCCAUCCGCCUGCGACGCUGUGAGUCCUGGCGCACCCCUCCCUCCCCAGAGACUGACCACACCGGGGUGGGGGUGGGUGUGGGCCGCACCCCAACCUCCCUAAUGCCAUUUCCACCCCUCCCUUGCAGGGGACCCUGACGCCCGGCCCUGAUUCCUGAUGGUCUCCUGCACCUGUCAAGGGAACCGCGAGGAUGUCCCCCGGGGCCUCGAGGAGAAGCUCCCACUGCCCCUCGCUCUCCUCUGGACCCCCACCCUCCAUCCUCGCCCCACUCCCGGGGAUGGGGUCGGGUGAGGGCAGCAGGGAGGCCUGCCAGGGCCUUGUGAAUGCAGGGGCUUGCAGGGACCCCUGGGCUUUGAGGGUGCCCCAUUCUCAACUCCAGCCCAGCCCUCUGGAGGAUUUGGGGUGCCCCUCUCGGCAGGAAGUAGGAAUCCCAGAAGGAUCUGGGGGAACCCUCAUCCUGAGUUCGGUCCAGUUCACCCCUCACCUCUGGCCUGGGGGGGCUCCAGAUGCUGCCAGGGCCCCCUCAGGACGGCUGGGACCUAGAGGAGACCCCGUCAUGGGGUGGUGGGCAGCAGGACUGCCCAGUAGGCUUGGUGGACUCUGCUGGCAGCGAAUAAAGAGAUAACGGCG